AUGUGUUUAUGGCUAACUUGGUCGUGCCUGUGUGUUGAACAGCUCGAGAACUUUAACAUGGCGAACGGCCUCGACAGACUGGAGAAGUUCUUCUCCUCGAAGCCCUCGACCAACAGUAGCAGCUCCUCCAGCACCAUCGCCUGGCGUAGCGCCAGGAGCACCCGUCCUCGCUCCUCUUCCCUUGAUAGUGAGAGACGCGAGGAGCUUACAUCGGUUUUUCGUGGAUUCGAGUUCCCCAAACCCCCACCCAGCCGACAGGAAGAUAUGAACUCGCCGUGGUCCAACUAUGCCUCCAAGAGGCUGCCCAGCCUUCCUGGUGGCGCACCUCGCCCCAUCUCCCCACUUCGACUCGAUGCACCUGCAUCCAGGCUUCACACUCCUCCUUCGUCCGACCCCGAGGAUCAUGACUUGUCUCAGAGGCGCCCCAAGGCCAAGAAGCUACAAUUAGCCCCCUGUACCAAUGUCCCGCUUACUCCAGAGUCGUCUCCAGAAAUGGGUCCAAAGUCUGACUGGCAGCUUCAUGGCAGCACCACCAAGACGAAGCCUCAGACCCCUGGCUUCUUCGCUGAGAUGCAAAUGCAUCUAGAAAAGACCUUUGGAAAGGCAGAUGACUGCCACAGCGGCACAGAGGCCCAGCCCAAAUCUGACCCGCCGUCGACUACUCGCAGCAUCGACAAUGUCUUUGAGCCCUCGCUGUCUGGAGGCUCCCUUUAUGAGCCUGACUUUGAUGAGUUUCUUAACCUCAGCGAUGAUAACGUCGCUGAGUUUGACCCCACGGAGAUAUCAGAGGUGCCAGAAGUUCUAGACACACCUCGUCCAGCUACAUUCUCUGGAACAAUGUCACCUUCGGUGAUGUCCGCCCUUCGUGGCCCCCGGAUGCUGACGCUCGGCCCCCCCUACGGAAGCCGAGCCUCCAAGGCUGCAGCUUUCGAGGCCGCGCGCAUCGCAAGCCGAUACAACUUUGAUAUGAUAUACGUUGUCAACUUGUGGCCCGAGGACAGCUCGGCAGGUCUUGGUGGCCCUCACUUCCAGGCCAUGACAGGCCGCCUUCUGGCCGCUUAUGGUCUGCACAACGCCUCAUCUCCCUUCCAGAUUUCGUCUGAGGCUCACGUCACCGUCCUCCGCUCCCAAAAUUGGCUGGAGUACCGCGACGAGGAGGCUCUUGGUAGAGGUUUCGGUCGUGCCUAUGCCUGCUCCUUCUACCCGGGCAAGUACGAAGGCCAGGGUUCCGUUCCAUGCUCGCCCUCUAUCGAGCCUGAGUCGAUCGAUCGUGGCAUCGUGUUUGCCGCCUACCGCAAGCCCGCAGCAGACGGUUCCAUUCAGUUCUCGACUCCUCUUGAACUGUUCAAUCUCCGUCGGGAUGUCGAAGCCAUGGUUGAGAUGCUCAUUGACAUUCACGUGGCCAACCGUCUUCGUCAGCCCCCCAUCCUCACCAAGUUCCCUGACGAGACGGGACCUAUCCCUUCGAUGCAAUUUUUUUGUGCUUGA